GAGGGGGAGGGGGCCGCGGGGGAGGGGGCGGGCGGACUCUGAGCCAUUUUGGGGCCGGUGUCAGUUUCCACUCUCCCUUCAACGGUGCAUUUUUUUUCCACCCUCCUCCCCUUGCCCCCUCCCCCCAGUCUUCAUCCUUCCUCCCCCCGCCCCCCCCCCCCCCGCCCGCUCGGCUCUACACACGCACUCACACACACAUACACACACACACACACACACACACUCACACACUGCCCCCAGCCCGCCCGCUCCUCGCUGCACACCUCCCUCCCCAACAACUAUGAAAUAAUAAUCAUAAUAAUAAAGGGAGAGAAGGGGAGAGACAAUGGGGAUGUCGGAGCGGGAGCCCCGAUCGGGAUUAGAAACACCUCCCCACCCCACAGAAUAAUCUAAUCGUCCCCACUCCCAUCCCUCCCUCCCUCCCCCGCUCCCCCCUCGGAGAGGAGCCGGAGCCCGAGCAGGAGCAGGAGGAGCAGCAGCAGCAGGAGGAGGAGGAGGAGGAGGAGGAGGAGGGAGGAGGAGGAGGAGGAUCGGGGGGUUUGGGAACUAGCAUGAGCUGAGCGAGCAGCGGCGGCGGCGGCGGCGGCAGCAGCAGCUCCUCUCUCCUCCGCUCGUUGCCCAUUGACAGCAGCGUCUGCAGCUCGCUUCAAGAUGGCCGCUUGGCUCACAUUCAUUUUCUGCUGAACGACUUUUAACUUUCAUUGUCUUUUUCGGCCGCUCUGAUCGUCCCUCGCCGGAUCCUUUUUCCGGGACUUCUCCUUAUUAAGCAAAAAUGCAUCGAACAACCAGAAUCAAAAUCACAGAGCUGAACCCUCAUUUAAUGUGUGUGCUUUGUGGAGGAUACUUCAUCGAUGCCACAACUAUAAUAGAAUGUCUACAUUCCUUCUGCAAAACCUGUAUUGUACGUUACCUGGAGACCAGCAAGUAUUGUCCUAUCUGCGACGUCCAAGUUCACAAAACCAGGCCACUCCUGAAUAUAAGGUCAGAUAAAACUCUUCAAGAUAUUGUAUACAAAUUAGUUCCAGGCCUUUUCAAAAAUGAAAUGAAAAGAAGAAGGGAUUUUUAUGCUGCUCAUCCUUCUGCUGAUGCUGCCAAUGGCUCUAAUGAAGACAGGGGAGAAGUUGCAGAUGAAGAUAAGAGAAUUAUCACUGAUGAUGAGAUAAUAAGUUUAUCCAUUGAAUUCUUUGACCAGAAUAGAUUGGAUCGGAAAAUAAACAAGGACAAAGAGAAAUCUAAGGAAGAGGUGAAUGAUAAAAGAUAUUUACGCUGCCCAGCAGCAAUGACAGUGAUGCAUCUAAGGAAGUUUCUCAGAAGUAAAAUGGACAUACCUAAUACUUUCCAGAUUGAUGUAAUGUAUGAAGAGGAGCCUUUAAAGGAUUAUUAUACACUAAUGGAUAUUGCCUACAUUUACACCUGGAGAAGGAAUGGACCUCUUCCUUUGAAAUACAGAGUUCGCCCUACUUGUAAAAGAAUGAAGAUCAGCCACCAGAGAGAUGGUUUAAAUAAUAGUGGAGAACUGGAAAGUGACUCUGGGAGUGAUAAGGCCAACAGCCCAGCAGGAGGUAUUCCCUCCACCUCUUCAUGUUUGCCUAGCCCCAGUACCCCAGUUCAGUCUCCUCAUCCUCAGUUUCCACAUAUCUCCAGUACUAUAAACGGAACCAGCAGCAGUCCUAGCAGUAACCACCAAUCUUCCUUUGCUAACAGACCUCGGAAAACAUCAGUAAAUGGCUCUUCAGCAACUUCGUCUGGUUGAUCCCUCAGACUGUCCAAAAACAAAAAAUUAAACCCUGAUUUAUAUAGAUAUCUUCAUGCCAUUACAGCUUUAUAGAUGCUAAUACAUGUGACUAUCGUCCAAUUUGCUUUCUUUUGUAGUGACAUCGAAUUUGGCUAUAAAAGAUGGACUAGAUGUGACAUUCAUAUGGACGUUAAUUGCAAUGAAAGAUUGUUCCUGUAAAGAAUUGAUUUCUGAGGAGGCAGGCAAGAUUUUUUUUUCUCUGUGCUAGGAAAGUUGUGAAAUGGUUUUUACAGCCAUUGUCGGGACUUGGGAAUCUUCUGCAUUGGAUGUAAGGAUUGGGACAUAGUUUGUUAAUCUCCACUAACGCCUACAUCACAUUCUCUUCAAUUGUUCUUGUUAUGCUGUUUUGUGAAUCUGUAGAAAACAAGUGCUUUUCAUCUUGAAAAUCAACAAAACGGAAAGAAUAUGCAUAGAAUGGUGCAUUCUAUGUAGCCAUGUCACUGUGAAUAACAAUUUCUUACAUAUUAGCCAUUUUGAUUCUUAUGUUUCAUUUUUACUUCUCCAUUGCUUUGCAGAACCGAUCAAAGGAAAGUAAACUUCAGUUUUACAAUCUGUAUGCCUAAAGCGGGUACUACCGUUUAUUUUACUGACUUGUUUAAAUGAUUCGCUUUUGUAAGAAUCAGAUGGCAUUAUGCUUGUUGUACAAUGCCAUAUUGGUAUAUGACAUAACAGGAAACAGUAUUGUAUGAUAUAUUUAUAAAUACUAUAAAGAAAACAUUGUGUUUCAUGCGCUCAAAUAUGAUUGUUAAAUUCUCCAAACUGGUUCGACCCUUGCAGAUAUCCUAUGUUUAAGCCUUGCUUAUCAGCAGAGAACAUUUUUAGUGUGGAUAUCAAAUUCCAAAUUCAGCUAUUUUGAAAGCAGUUGGCAAACUAUUGUGAUGUUUGUCUUUUUUUCCAAUAAUAUAUAUUUUUAUUUUUCAAAUUGUGUUGCAGUGAAGGAAAAAGAACUCUGUAACCAAGGAAUAUGGAAAUGAUUUGUUCAUUUUAUUUCAAUUUUAUUAUUGGGUGUGAUGGAAUUAUCGUGUUUUUUAGAAAGCACGUUGAAUCACUAUAGACAUAAAACACUUGGUAGAAAUUUUAAGAAACUGACCAAUUGCUGGAUGAAGGCAUUAUAUAUCUAAAUUCAUAUUAAUAUAUGGUACAGUAGUAAUUUCAAAUUUAACAGGUACGUCAUUAUUUCCAAACAAAGACAAAUGCCUUCUCUUUAAAUGUCUGUAAAUAGGAGCAACUUUCAAGCUCCUAAAGGUAUUAAUUUUAAGUAGAAAGAGCAUGUUAAAUUUAAAAUAUGAACUGCCCCAAUUGUUUUCAGUUCGUGCUUUGCUUUGGUCGAACUUUGUGUGUGUUCAUCACCCGUCAUUUAUACAUUUGUGAGGGUGUUUAUUCUAUAUGAAUAUUGUUUCAUGUUUGUAUGGGAAAAUUGUAGCUAAACAUUUCAUUGUCUUCAGUCUGCAAAAGAAGCACAAUUCUAUUGCUUUGUCUUGCUUAUAGUCAUUAAAUCAUUACUUUUGCAUAUAAGUA